GGAGUACUGCGGUUGCCAUGGUACGGCGUCAGCGGUAGGACUGGAGCAAACCUCAAGGCGUGGACCAAAUAAAAUUAGUAUCUGAACGCCUCUGCCUCAGAAUUACUCCGUCUUGCUGUUUUACUGUGGAUAAUUACAGGACGGAUAACAGAUAUGCAUGACUGUUUCCAAAAAGGGAGGACGUCUAUGCCUUAUAUCAAACGGUAGCUAAGUUAGCUUAAGUUAAUGCUAGCUUGCUAGUAGUUAAAGCUACGUCGCUAACAUUAGCCGAUCGAGUCUAAAAACAAGAAGCCGUAAAUUGCUACGAAGUUAAACGUGAAGCAGACAAAGUCAGCGCAACUUGAAAGAGUAAACGCGGAAAACGGACAGGUUGGUGCCAGCAGAGGCCAAGCGGUAACGUUAAGACACAACCCACCAGUUGAGGGUAGUUUCUUGUUACUAUGCUAGCAUAAUAAGCUAUGAUCAAGAAGUCAGUCCUCCAUCAGCUCCAUUAGCUUUCUACAACCUGUUAUGGGCUAACGUUUUCUAAUACGCUGAAAUGCUGUUUGGAAGCUCACCUACUUUUCUCUCGUAUUCACGUUUGUUUGAUAGUGUUGAGUAUAGCCCACUGUGUGGCUGGCUUCAAGCAACUUACUAUUCACAUAGCUUUUACCUGACAGGCAAUCUCACAACAAUGCACCUGUCAACAGCAGGCGGCCUACUUUAAUCCAAUCUGUCCGUGUCACGGAAAGCAGACCGGGGGAGCUUGUAGUACCUCUAUAGUAAGCCCUUGAUAACAUGCAUCUCUUUGUUUUUACUUGAGAGCUUGUUGUGACCCGACUGCAUAUAUUUCCUCGGCUAACUAUCGAGAACCUCCGGGGACAUUCAGACAAACAGUAAAGUCGAUGAAGCAGAAGAUAUGAAUGAUGAUGUCAACGGAGAUGAUGGGGAUAUAAUGUAACCUAUGUGCCUUUCUUCUCAAAGUGACAACAUGGAAUCUGAGAACAUGGCCGACCCGUAUGAAGACAACCGGGAUGUCAAUCAAAGUCGCCAGUCACUCCGGAGUACAAAGAAAGAAUCCCGAGCGUCAUCCUUCGAAAACCGCAAGAAGAACUUCCAGGACAAGAUCCAGCAUGAGGGUGAAAAAGACGGCUGUGUUGAGAGUAGAUCGAAAACCCGAACCUGGCGUUCAGAUCCAGAUCGGGACCAGAUAUCAGAUGGAGAGGGACGGAGAAGUAGUGGGUCGUUUUACUCAGAGGACUAUGACAAUGAGACUCCUUCAGACCGCUCCAACUCACCAUACUCCCAGUCCCGGACUCCAUCCACUACUCAAAGAGGGGUGCGGGCAAAAAGGAUUUCUAACAGCCCCUUCUACAAGACGGGUGGCGUGGGGCACCGGGGUGUGUCUCGUCCACAGCGUCCAGGUGGCCAGCCCCUGACUCAGCAGCAUCGCAGGGGAGUGCGUUCACAAAGCAAGGAGUCCACGGCCCCUAAAGACCUUGACCUGGUGACCAAGAGGAUGCUUUCAGCCCGUCUGCUAAAGAUCAAUGACUUGCGUAACUCACUUGCUGAGCUGCAACAGCGCACUGAUGAGCUGCAGAAGGAAAAUCGAGUUCUCAGACAGCUUCAGGUGCGCCAGGAUAAAGCCCUGCAGCGCUACGAUGACACAGAAAGCGAGAUUUCCCAGCUACUGUUGCGCCACAACAACGAGACCCACGUGCUGCGCGAACGGCUCAGGCGUACUCAGGAGCGGGAACGGGCAGCUGAGAGACGGAUGAAGGACAGCGAGGAACAGCUGCAAAGGAGUCAGACGACCAUUACACGGCUGAAGAAGCUUGUCGAUCAGCGGGAGUUAGGAGCCAGAGAUGAGCUAAGCCGCAGCCUAGAGGAAGAGAAGACACGGUCCCAAGAGGCAGAACGCAAGAUUAAGGAGUUGGAGCGUAGCGUGGAGCUGAGCAACAGCAGUUACCAGAGGCAGCUGGCUGCAGAGAGGAAGAAGACCCUCAGUGCCCAGGAGGAAAUCAGGACUCUGCAGGAGGAGCUGGAACGACUGACCAAUAAACUCAAGGAGAAGGAGAGAGAACUAGAUGCUAGGAACAUCUACGCCAACCGCAUGAUAAAACCCGCACAAAGAAAAGAUGUUGACAGUGUCACUAAGCGGAAAGUCCCCAGCAGAAGCAGCACCAAGGCAGUGCAGACUAAAGACAGGGCGUCUAGUCUGGAUUUCCCCUCACCUCCCCCUGCCAUCACUGAUGCCAAUGAGUACAAUGAACAGGGACCUGACGAAUAUCUAUCACUCAAGCAGGAGAUUGACGGAGGGGACAGACAUGCAGAGACAGAAGACAGACAUCAGAAGAAGUGGGACCAGCAUAAGACGAGUGACAGAAGAAAAGAAGGAGACAAGGGGAAGGAGUUAGUAAAGGAGAAAGACAAAGAGCUGGAAAAGGAGGAGAAGCGGCAACUCAACCAGGAGCUAAAUGUGCUCGAGGAGAAGGCAAAGAGACUAAGAGAUGGUUGGGAGAAAAAAAAAGAGGAAGACGACAGAAAGAGGGCGAGUUCCCUGUUAAGCCAGGAGGAAGAGAGCAACAGGAAGUGUGGCCAUGUCCAGGAAGAGGUGGACAGGUGGAACCAGGGGUCUCUGGCCAAUCAGCAAACAGCAGAGGAAGCCCGUCGCAAAAAAGAACAGCUGCUGGCUAAGAUGCGUGAAAUAGACCGUCAAGAGCACGGAGCCCAGGAUGCCAUAUUUGCUGAUUCAAGUCCUUCUGAGUCCAAUAAGGCCACCAGUAACCAUACGUCUCCUCGUCUUCCUGAGCAGAGGAUCCACAACUCUUCCAUUUUUAACCUCACAGAACCAGAGGAGUCGGCCGGUUUGCGUGCCGGUGCUGUAAGUGGGGAAGGCGGAAGGAGGAGAUCAGGUAUGGAGGGUGGGACUGCUACAACAGGAAUGGGGAGGAGAGCACUACGGACCCAAAUCUCCAGUGACAACUUGGCAUUCGGAAACUACGCGCCUUCAUUCGGACAUUCAGCUUCUCGAGGUUCUUCAGGCUUCCCUCCAUCUCCGCCCAAACAGGACAGGGACUCUGCAUUAGAAGCAAUUGGUGUUUUUAGCCUCAGAGAGGUGGAGACAGAGAAAGAAAAGGAUUCGGACAGAGAAGUGGGGAAGGAGAGGAAGUCUAACCUCAUGCAGCAGCUAUUUGGUGCUCCGGCAACACCUGCGGGUGACAUCACCUCCAAUAAAAUGGAGGUUCUGAACAGUCCUCCAUCUACCAAUGGAGUGCGUAGAAGGGAAGGACUGCUCAGCUUCAACUCAGGGUCUUCUACUCCUCCAGCAUCCUCCCUGAACACCCUACAUGUUGCAGAUAGCAGGCCCGCCAUCCGUGCCAUCAUCUCAUUUGAUGAUGACAUAGAGGAACUUACUUUAUGAAAAUAAUUUCCAUUUGGGGUAGUUAGUGUCAUAGCAGGCCAUCACUGAUGUCUGUCAGUAACACGAUGAGACAAAAUACAAGAGAUUCAGUGAUAAACGUGGUCUAUAAAUUCAAGUCUUAACACUAUUGAUUUCCUAAUAAAAAUUUCAUCGGAAUUUGAAGGUGAAAAAAAGGUUUCUGCCAUAUGAGUUGUGUGAAUGUUUUAAUGUCGAAAAUAUUGAACUGAAUGUGAUCUUACAGCAUCCAGGUGCGUGUGUAGACACAUGGAUGACAAAGACAAUUGUCAGAGUAAAUGAGUGAAGUCAUUAGAGUGAAGAUCCUCGCCAGGUGUCCCAGAACGUCCCGGAAAACAAUUUAAACCGUCCUGAAGUGGAUGUUAACGUCCAGAAAUCUGUGUAACUUUGUAAUCAAUUGGCUGCUGCAGCUCCUACAAUUCUUUUGUCUACCUUUUUUUUAUUUGGACAUAUUUUAGUAAUUUUUGAGUUUUUUUAGAGUCCAUGCCACAAGAAUCUACCACUAAGCAAUAUGACAAUCGCAGUAUGCUAAGACUGCUUCGUGAAUGUCUGACAACUAUACAAAACGGGUUAUUUUUACAACUUUAUGGCAGUUUUCUACAAGUUUAUAACUUACUAAUAAUAUAUUGAAACUAAUAAAAUGUCCCAUUACAGAAAAAAUGUAAUGGACCCCAUAAUCAUGUUGAUGCCCAAUAGUCAAAUGAUGCUAAAUAAUACAUAUAGGCACAUUUAAUGCUUGUGUAGUUGUGUGUAAAAUUAAAUCAAUCAAUUGAAUGUUGUGUUUUAACAUAGAAAAAUGGUUACUAUUUGAUUCCUUUUACUUGAAGAUAUUGUAAAACAGUAAAUAUGAAUAUCCUUUUGUAUGUCCCAGGGCCCUUGUCCCCUGCAUACAUAUUUUUCAGAUGGCAGACAAUCAGCACUAAAACACACCACAAGUGGCUGUAGGAGAAUCUACAAGCUAUAUUGUGAAGUGAAUAGACAAAAUGCUCUAUUUCUUAUCUAUAUUAUUUUUUAAAUUCUAUUAGACUUAAACACAUUCAAUCUUGCAACUCCUAAUGUGGCACAAAGCAAUUACCAAAGUGCAUCAGUAAACUGUAAAAUGUAUACUUGUUUUUUUAUUAUUAUUCACAUGUCUAUUUUAAAUCCUUUUUUCAAGAGGUCUUUGUAUUUAUUCUGGCAGAAUUUAUUAUAGUAACUUUCGUAAUGGAUGAAACGUGUAACUUUGUGUAUUUAUGUGUCGAACUUUUCACAUUUUGUACUUUUUGUCCAAUGCUAUUGUUAUAAAAAAAGUGUGUUUAUGUCGUAUUUUGUUGAAUGAAAAUAAAUGAUAGUA